AUGCAAAUUUUGCGGGAAAAAGUCUCCGCCACUGUGUGGGGCGUUGAGAAGUUCGCUACUUUGUGUAGCGAUACCCGGGUUCCUUGCUACUUUGUGGAGCAAGAGGUUCCUCGCUACUUUGUGUGGCUAGAGCCCAAGAAGGUCAGCCUCAGCGUGGGCGAGCUGAUUGUGAAAGCCGUGGCCGCUUCCAAGGAGCGCAACGGCCUGUCCGUGGCCGCCCUCAAGAAGGCUCUGGCUGCCGGAGGCUACGAUGUGGACAAGAACAAGGCCCGUGUCAAGACCGCCAUCAAGAGUCUGGUGGCGAAGGGCACUCUGGUGCAGACCAAGGGCACCGGGGCCUCCGGAUCCUUCAAGAUGAACAGGGUUACUGAGACCAAAGCUAAGACGCCCGCCGCGGCCAAAGCCAAGAAACCGGCAGCAGCUGCUAAGAAGUCGCCCAGGAAGGCAGCAGCAGCAGCACUUCAGCCACUAGCACGAAGUCAACCGCAUCAGAGGACAAUAGUGAGAGUGGCUGUGACUUCACUGUGCAUGUGAAGAAAACGUUUGAGGAGAACUGAACAGUUGGAGUUUGACAUUUGCCACCUGUGGAGUAAAAUGGCAAGAAGAGACAGUGGGACACAGGACAAAGCUGAAGG